AUGAGAAUCUUGUUGAGGUUUUUGGUUCUUCUGGUGCUGAUUACAAUAUCAGAAUCCAAAUGCAACAGCACAGACCAAGAACAGGUCUCCAAGGCUUUCAAAUCAGUCGCAGGUUUCAAUCUCUCUUGGCUUCAUCAACAAGGAUAUCAAUCCAACUGUUCAAGCCCGCCCAUCACAGAAAUAAAGCUCCCCUCCAGAAAUCUCAGCGGGAUCAUAUCAUGGAAGUACCUCAGAAACAUGUCACAGCUGAGCACCCUUGAUCUCUCAAGCAACAAUCUCAAAGGCUCUGUUCCAGGUUGGUUUUGGUCUCUUUCAAGCUUGGUCCAAGUCAAUCUGUCCAAGAACAGGUUCGGAGGGAGCUUUGGGCCCGAACCCAUCUCGGGAAAUGGCUCCUUUUCCUCGGUCCAGGUGCUCAAUCUCUCAACCAACAGGUUCACCAACUCUGUUCAGCUUUCUGGUUUCCCAAAGCUUAGAGUUCUUGACCUUUCUCACAACGAUUUGGGCACUCUGCAACCAUCUGCUUUCGCCAACCUCACCAAUCUCCAGUACCUCGACAUCUCAAGCUGCAAAAUUUCAGGCGACUUGAAACCCAUCUCUGUUUUGCGCACAUUGAGCUACCUAGACGUCUCAGACAACAGCAUCAAUGGUACUUUCCCUUCAGAUUUCCCUCCCCUUAGCAGCCUCAAAUUCUUGAACAUUUCGUUCAAUAACUUCACAGGCAUAGUUGGGUCAGAAAAGUACCAAAAAUUUGGCAAAGCCGCUUUCAUCCACGCCGGGAAAGAUCUCACCUAUUUCAACACUUCCAAAACCAAAGCCCCAAGCUUUCACAAUUCCGUCGCAAACCCACCUCACAAACCCCUCCAAAAACACAAACCCACAAACCAAAUUAAACCCAUCCACAGAAAAACCAAAAAGACUCUGAUUAUUAUCCUAUCUUCUGUAUCUACAUUUUUAGUCCUUGUAUCCAUAGGCAUUUGCAUAGCGUACAGAUGUAGAAGAAAGCAAGUGGCCAAAAAGCACAAAUGGGCAAUCUCAAAACCGGUCCAAUUGGUCCCUUUCAAGAUCGAAAAAUCAGGGCCCUUCUCUUUCGAAACAGAGUCAGGGACUUCCUGGGUUGCAGACAUCAAAGAGCCGACUUCAGCUCCGGUGGUUAUGUUCGAGAAGCCAUUGAUGAACCUCACCUUCAAGGACCUGAUCGCUGCCACGUCGCACUUCGGCCGGGACUCCCAGCUCGCCGAGGGCAGGUGUGGGCCCGUCUACACCGCCGUACUCCCCGGAGACCUCCACGUGGCGAUCAAAGUCUUGGAAAACGCCAGAGACGUUGAUUAUGAUGACGCGGUGAACAUGUUUGAAAAUCUGUCGAAGCUCAAGCACCCCAACCUGUUGCCUCUCUCCGGUUACUGCAUUGCAGGGAGAGAGAAGCUGGUGUUAUAUGAGUUCAUGGCAAACGGGGACUUGCACAGGUGGCUGCACGAACUUCCAACCGGGGAGCCCAACGUGGAGGACUGGACUGGUGACACAUGGGAGCAAUACGGGGCCUACUCACCCGAAAAGAAGGGUUGGCUCACGCGCCACCGCAUUGCAGUCGGGAUAGCGCGUGGACUGGCGUACCUACACCACGCUGGGUCCAAGCCCGUAGUCCACGGCCACCUCGUAACUUCCAACAUAUUGUUGGGGGCAGAUUUCGAGCCAAGAAUAGCGGAUUUUGGAUUGCGAAAUGUCGGAAGCCACAUAGAUAUUGGUGGCAGUGGGGCGGAGACGGAUGUGUAUUGUUUUGGGGUGGUGUUGAUGGAGCUGUUGACGGGGAGGACCGGGACGGCGGAGAUGGUGGUAUGGGUGAGAAGGCUGGUGAGGGAGGCUCGUGGGAUGGACGCGCUGGACGAGAGGUUGAGAGAGAGUGGGGAAUUGGAGAGGAAGAUGGUGGAGAGUCUCCGAGUUGGGUACUUGUGUACGGCAGAGUCACCUGGGAAAAGGCCCAGCAUGCAACAGGUCCUGGGUUUGCUCAAAGACAUACAUCCCAGUCCCACUGUCACCAUGGGCUUGGGCUAA